CCUCGCCGGUAAACAGGAAGAAGGAAGCAGCAGAGAGCAGCAGAAAGCGUUUGUUCAGUGUUUGUGUGGUUUGUGCCUGAUACAGACACUGUACACCGAUCUGUCUUUGAAUUUCAGCUGUCAGUCCGUGUGCUAAUAAUGUGGGGCUCAGUGUAGCUGACACGGUGAACAGCCGCUGACAGAGCAGAGCUAACUGCGCAGACUCUAAAGAGGAAGAAUGGCAGACGAAGCUCCUUUUCAGAUUUUACAUAACGAAGUCAUACAGUACAUUUACACAUCAGCUGAGAACGGAGAGACGGAGAAUGGAAGAAAUAUCACCAAACUGGAGAAUAUGGGCUUCAGGGUUGGCCAGGGGCUAAUAGAGAGACUGACAAAAGACACAGCACGGUUCAAAGACGAGCUGGACAUCAUGAAGUUCAUCUGUAAAGACUUCUGGACCUGUGUGUUCAAGAAGCAGAUUGACAACCUUCGAACCAAUCACCAGGGCAUCUAUGUUCUCCAGGACAACAAGUUCCGAUUACUGGGUCAGCUGUCAGCUGGAAAACAGUAUCUGGAUCAGGCCCCAAAGUAUCUGGCCUUCACCUGUGGUCUGGUGAGAGGAGCUCUGUCCAACCUGGGAGUGAAGAGUAUUGUGACUGCUGAGGUGUCCAUAAUGCCUGCGUGUAAAUUCCAGGUCAUGAUCCAGAAAAUGUAGUUUUUUAGUCUCAUGAAAGGGAAAUGCCAGCCAUCUUCAUCAGUAAAACAUACCAGUCUGUACACUUUAGAGCGUGCGGUGAUGUGUGUCAAGGUCUGUCUAGACUUCCAUCGUUCAGAGGAUAAGUGGACAAACACUUUCCAAUGCCAUGACACACAUUCAUGAUAAUACUAAUAUAGUAAUGUAAAUUUAUAUAAAGUCUGUAAGAUUCUCACUAAAUGUGUGAUGCAGGAUUGUCAUUACAGAAAUGUUUUGGUGCCCUCUGGUGGUAAACUGCAAAAUGUCAGUUUGAUUUGAUGCACAGUAUGGUUCAUCAUUUUAAAAAUAUUACUAAAAUAUAUUGAUAAUAAUCAAUAACUUUGUUAGGAUUGAUCCAUUAUGUAGGCUUAGGAGUUAAUGUUCAUAAAAAAACAUAAUAUAUAGAAUUGAAUAAUUAAAAAUGAGGAAAUGGAGCAGCGCUGAGUAACUUAAAUACAACAAUGUAUUUCUUUAUAAUUAAAUGUAAGUGCCGCCUGUCAAAGGCAGGGGGAGCUCACUCCCUCAGACAUGCCAAAACGUGAAUUGACAAAUUGAAUGAAUGAAGACAUUUGCCUGUGAUCACAAUGCUCCUAACAGGGUGAAGACACCCGCUGUAGCACUGAUAAUGGUCAGCUAUCCUGUUGAAGCAUGACUGACUAACUGUUUGUACGAUAUUGUAGAUGGGAUUUUGUUCUUAUUUGAAUUGUUUGUUUGGACCUGGACUUCAGGUCAAAUCAGUUGCAAUAAAUUCCAGUGUGAAAUCAA